UAUGCCUAGUUUAUCUUUAUACAUAUUUUUAUGUUUUUAGCACUAUGCUGUUUGCAACAAAAGGAUGGCUAUCCAAUUUUGUAUUACUUGCGACUUGUAAAGGCAUUCUGAUGAUGAUUUUUUGAUGUUUUUUUUUUCUUCCUAUUGUUGUAGACACCAUCAACGGAGACAGAAUGGCGGACAAUAGCCCAGGACUUUGAAAGGAAAGGGCAGUUUCCACAUUGCCUUGGGGCACUUGAUGGCAAGCACAUUCACAUACAGCCUCCAAAAAAAAGUGGCAGUCUUUACCACAAUUACAAGGGCAGGUUCUCUGUAAUAAUGAUGGCUGCAGUAGAUGCGAACUACAAGUUCAUCUAUGCAAGUGUGGGUACCCAAGGUAGGGUUUCAGAUGCUGGACUGUUUGCACACUCUGACUUGCGCAAAGCAAUGGACCAGGGCCUACUGAACUUUCCUCCACCUGAGCCUUUGCCCAGCUCUGACAUAAUGAUGCCCUACAUGUUUGUGGGUGAUGAGACAUAUCCCUUAAGGCAUGACCUCAUGAAGCCUUAUCCAUUCAGGCAGAUGGAGCACAGUCAAAGAGUCCUGAACUACCGUCUCUCUAGGGCACGACGAGUGGUAGAGAAUGCAUUGGGCAUUCUUGCCAACAGGUUGAGAGUUUUCAGGUCGACCAUAUGCUUGAAUCCAGACAAGGUGGUGAAGAUAACAAUGGCCUCUCUGUGCAUCCACAACUUCCUCUGUGAGCGCAGGUCAGAGGCAUAUACACCUCCAGUCUUUGCAGACUGGGAGAAUGCUGACCACAACAUGGUUGAUAGAGUCUGGAGGAAUCAUGGGAUGGGGGCUUUUCUGCUGGUGGAGCAUAGAACACACCGCAAUGCAACUGUACCAGCAAAAAUGCAAAGAAAAACUAUUUUGUCUCACCGGCAGGUAGCAUUCCUUGGCAAGAGCAACACAUUUAGAAAAGUAUAAAUAA